UGCAAUACAAAACACAAGGUCGGUGCUUGGUAAAUUUGUACAGUUUCCGCGCACUACCACCACCAUACUAAUAGACUGUUAAAGUAUUUCAUUUGUUGUUUAAAAUGGAUAACAGCGAGGAUGAGCUGGAAGAAAAUGAAGCCGUGUGGAAGAACAGUUUCGUGGAUUCAGUUCCUCUCAGCCUUGCUGCUGCUCCUGGUCCAAGCCUCAGUAAGACAUCGCCACCUGCAGACAGAGUCAUUCUGCAUUUUGACCUGGACUGCUUCUACGCUCAGGUGGAAAUGAUCAGAAACCCAGCACUGAGAGAGGUCCCUUUAGGCAUUCAGCAGAAAUACAUCAUAGUCACCUGUAACUAUGUGGCAAGGGAGCAAGGUCUCACCAAGCUGAUGUCUGUGACUGAUGCUAAAGAGAAAUGUCCUCAGCUGGUGCUGGUUAAUGGAGAAGACUUGACACACUACAGAGAAAUGUCCUAUAAAGUGACAGAGCUGCUGAUAUCCUACUGUCCACUGGUAGAAAGGCUUGGAUUUGACGAAAACUUCAUGGACGUCACAGAGAUGGUAGAAAGAAGGCUAGCACAGACUCUGGAGUCUAAUACUUUUUCAUUCAAAGGACACGUCUACAAUCAACGCAGUGCAGAAGUUAAAGCCAGUGACUACCUGAGGCUGGCUUUGGGUUCACACAUUGCAGCAGAGCUGAGAGAAGCCAUCUAUACCAAACUGGGCCUGACUGGCUGUGCUGGCAUCGCCACAAACAAGCUGCUGGCCAAACUGGUGUCAGGCACCUUUAAACCCAAUCAGCAAACCACCUUGCUGCCGGAGAACAUCAGAGACAUCAUGGGCCACCUGAGCAGUCUCCGUAAAGUACCAGGGGUGGGUCAUCAAACUGCUAAGAGACUUCAAGCCCUGGGGUUGGUCACUGUGAAAGACCUACAGCUCUUCCCACUGACUGACUUGGUGAGAGAGUUUGGAGGUCCCCCUGCUCAGCGCUUGAAGAACCUGGCCCUUGGCGUUGAUGACUCACCUGUUACCCCUACAGGGGCUCCUCAGUCUCUCAGCGAUGAAGACUCCUUCAAAAAAAUGUCAUCAACUAAAGACGUUUUGGAAAAGAUUCAUCAGCUCUUGAGCAGCCUGGUGGAGAGGAUGCACAGAGACGGCAGGCAGCCUCAAACCUUCCGGCUUACCAUCCGUAGAUUCUCAGCAACCAACAAGUGGUUCAGUCGUGAGAGCCGACAGUGUCCGAUUCCCAGCCACAUAGGACAGAAGAUCGCCGCUGGCAGCAGUGAUGAUGCUGUGGUCCAGCUGCUCCCGUUGGCCAUGAAGCUCUUCCACAAGAUGGUGGACAGCAGCAUCACCUUCCACCUCACCCUCAUUAACGUUUGCUUUAGUAACCUGCAAACCAGGAGAGCUGUCAGCGGCGGAAAGGGCUGCAUAACAUCUUUCUUCAGAGCGUCUCCCAGAAAAAUACAAAUCUUGUCAUCACAAAGCCAGGGUGAUUCCUCUCACAGUGUGGAUGGUCACUGCACAGACCACCAGUUCAGCACACAUGGCAUGGCUGCUCAACAUCUCUCACUAAAGACAGUAACCACAAAAAGCCCUCGUAGCUCAGAGGCAGCACUCCAUGGGUUCAAAUGGAAACAGAGCACUGUUGUUGCUGAAGAAGAGAAUCAAAAAGCAUCCUGCUGCACAACGGGGUCAGAUCCGGGUGAAACAAAUGACACUGUGACACAUCAGUUGCCUGCAAAUAUUGACCCCAAGGUGUUCAAGCUUCUCCCUGAGGAAAUCCAGAAAGAGCUGCUUUCUCCUGCCUACGUAAACUGCCUUCUCAGCACUUCAGACUCACAAAAUAUUAAAGAUGUAACAGCAGCUGCAAAUGAAUUGGAGCCUUCUGACAGAGUGAGUGCUGUAAAUCACCAGCAACCUGCAGGCACAAGUGCGUUUCCAGUAGAAAACGUCUUGGAAGAAGAGAAACUGUCAUUCCCCCAGAGUUCUGACUGUGAGUUCCCGGGAAAUGUGGACCCUAAAGUGUUUUCCGAGCUUCCACUGGAUGUUCGAAUGGAGUUGAUGUCUGAAUGGAAGCAGCAGAAGCCAGUCCUAAAGGCCCCUUUUUCCAGGAAACCAGUGAGAAGCUUGAUAACCAAAGAGAGAAAUGCUUUAGGAAAAGGCAGUCAGACAAACAGUUUGUUGAAGUAUUUCAAACGGAGUUAGAAUGACAGAGGCAGGACAUAUUACUGUUCUUAAAGAAAAUAUUUUAUAUUUUUGUUGAGUUGUUCUCAUGUGAUUAUAUACAGGGAUUGAACACAAUAAAAACAACAUUUAACAGUACCCCACAACACAGCAUGUAUUGGGCCGCAUAUUCCUGACCUCCGGCUGUCCAGCCUAAAGUUUGUCCUACAGUACAUGUCUAAACCCAACCCAGACACAAACAUAAUUUCUAAAUUUAUAUCUGAACCCGGCCUGAACCCUCUGGUACCGAUAGGUCCCAUUGGGCUCAGUUCAAAUAUCCACACUCUACCCCACAAUAGC